CUUCAUAUCCCAACACAUACAAAAAAGCCAAAAACAUGGCACAAAAUGUUCUUUCUUUCUUGGUUCUUUUUUUCGCAAUCUUUGCGUUUUCAACUGUUGUCGAGUCUAUUUCUCGCGAAAGGGUGUAUCUUGAGUCGCAAUGUCGAUCAGCAUUGUAUCGCGAUCUAUGUGUUAGAACUCUAUUGCCAUAUAUGAACAAAAAAGUCGUACCAAGCCCACAACGGCUAACUCAAAUUUCACUAGCCUCAUGUCUAUCCAAAGCUCGGGUAACAAAGACCUAUGUGAACAUGAUAGCAAAAAGAUUGAAUGAAACAGGUAAAGUUCAAGAGUUCCAAGCCUUGGAAGAAUGUAUUCAUCAAAUCGACAAUGGUGUGGAUCAAAUUACGCGAUCUUUUAAGGAGUUACAACAAAUGGGAACCGAUGGGGAUGAGAACUUUGUGUGGCACGAAAGCAACGUGCAGAGUUGGGUGAGUGCUGCCUUGACAGAUAUCACCACAUGCAUUGAUGGGAUCGCGGGGGAUGGAAUUGGUCGUAAGGAAAAGGCCAUGAUCAAUGCACGAUUCGUGAAUAUGAAGCAACUCGCUAGCAAUUCUCUUAUGAUGUUCACUCGUUUCACAACACGUUAUCGCGCCUCUCGUGGCAUCAAGAAUCCCUAAAUCCACAUACAAGUUGUGUUAUUUCAAAGUAUGAAUGUCGUAUAUAAUUGUGAUGAUACUUAUAAGUAGGUAUGCCAUAUAUAAUAGGUGUAACCUACUCAUAGGUGUAUUGUUUUUCUUGUGUGGUUUUGAUGAUUGUAUCUAUCAUCCAUAUAUUAAAUAAACACAAUUGCUUACAAUUGUA